CUCUCCGGUGCUGCCGAGGUAGCCUCUUGGCCCCGAACCAGUCGUGUAAAGUAAUACUUCCAGGCGCCAACGUUCUUCUGCAGUUAUCCUUUACUGCUUGGGCACACGCUUGUCCUAGCAAUUCCAGCAUACGUCGCGUACGCCAAUCAGCGGAAGUGGAGGUACAAAUGUGAUGGAAUAUAGAACGCCAUUGCUGUCACGUUGUGCGCGUAGUUCUGAUGGAUACGCGUCGCUGUCAAGCGCUGCCUGUCACUCCACGGCGUUUCGUGAUGAAGCAAAGCGCCGUUUGUCAUCAGGCCAAUGGUUUAAUGAAUCAGCAAGCUGGCAGGCCAUUAUAGGAUUACACAGCGCCACUUCCGUAUGUAUGACUGAACGUAAUGGAAACAGCCAGGAGGCAUUAAUCAGCCCGCCAGCAGAUACAUCAUCACAGUGCGCUCGAAUGCCACGCUCCACUGCUGCGUUACCAUAUGUUGCACGUUCUACUCCAGACUCCAGCCUCUUCGAGGCAGAGAAAACCGAUGAAAAGGUCAAUCACGAUGGUAGAUGUUUGUGGGUUUCCAAAGAUUCCCUGCCGAUCCGAACACCAACAGGAGCGGUCAGUUAAAUAGUUUUCAACUAGCAAAAACGCAAUCUCGGACGAAUCCUCAUUGAUAUGCGUAAUGCCCGUGC